GUACGUCCCUUCUCAGGCUGAUAUAGCAGUCUUUGAAGCAAUCGGUGCCCCACCUCCUGCAGACUUGUUUCAUGCUCUUCGGUGGUACAAUCAUAUUAAGUCGUACGAAAAGCAAAAGGCAAGCCUUCCAGGAGUAAAGAAGGCUUUGGGGAAAUACGGUCCUGCUGAUGUUGAGGACACAACAGGUGCAGCCACAGAUAGCAAAGAUGAUGAUGACAUUGAUCUUUUUGGAUCUGAUGAUGAGGAGGAAAGCGAAGAAGCAAAGAAACUGAGGGAAGAACGCCUGGCCCAAUACGAAUCAAAGAAGUCCAAAAAACCAGCUGUUGUUGCCAAAUCAUCAAUCUUGCUUGAUGUGAAACCUUGGGAUGAUGAGACAGACAUGGCCAAACUAGAGGAGUGCGUUCGAAGCAUUCAAGCAGAUGGCUUGGUCUGGGGAUCUUCCAAGCUAGUACCAGUUGGUUAUGGUAUCAAAAAGCUUCAGAUCCAGUGUGUUGUUGAAGAUGAUAAAGUUGGAACAGAUAUGCUGGAAGAGAGAAUAACAGCUUUUGAAGAUUAUGUACAAUCAAUGGACGUAGCUGCUUUCAAUAAGAUUUAAGUCUUGAUAUAUCUAGAAUAAACGUCAUUGCAAAAA